AUGGCUGAUCAGCUGACCGAAGAACAGAUUGCUGAAUUCAAGGAAGCUUUCUCCCUGCUUGACAAAGACGGCAAUGGCACCAUCACAACAAAGGAACUUGGAACCGUCAUGAGGUCACUGGGUCAGAACCCAACAGAAGCCGAAUUGCAGAAUAUGAUCAACGAAGUGGACGCUGAUGGUAGUGGCACCAUUGACUUCUCAGAAUUUUUGACUAUGAUGGCUAGAAAAAUGAAAGAUACGGACAGUGAAGAAGACAUCCGCGAGGCAUUCCGAGUCUUUGACAGGGAUGGCAAUGGUUACAUCAGUGGCGCAGAACUACGUUACGUCAUGACAAACUUAGGAGAAAAGCUAACAGAUGAAGAAGUAGAUGAAAUGAUCAGAGAAGCAGAUAUUGAUGGAGAUGGACAAGUCAACUAUGAAGAAUUCGUACAGAUGAUGAGUGCAAAAUGGAGACCUACUGUCAGCUCCUUUUGCCCCCCCUAG